GGUUUUUUCUCUCUUGGUCUCGCCUCUCUCCCCUUAUUUUCUCUUUGCAGCAGCGAAGAGAGGCAGAGAGAUAGAGAGAGAGGCUCUCUCUGCGAAUCGCUCGUCCUUUUUUUCUUCGUUUCUAAAUCCUCAUAAGAACAGAAAAAUUUAUCUUGCUUAAUUCCUGCGAUUCGGCUCUGUGUGUGAGUCGAUUCUGUCUGUUCGCGCUUUUGUUGAUCGAAUUUGUUGACGGCGAUUCUCCUGAUUAGAGAGAGAAAAAUUGAGUUAUGCAGGCAGAUCAGACGGUAUUGAGCUUAAGGCCUGGUGGUGGAGGCAACCGAGGAAGCAGAUUCCUUGCCCCUCGCUUCGACUCUGCUUUCAGCAAUUCUGGUAGUGGCGGUGUUGGUGGUUCCUCUUUGAUCCCAUCAUCGUUGUCAUCCGAUGAACAGUUCCUUCGUUCUCAUGGCGGUGCCCUUCCCACUUCGUCUCUCAAGACUGGAGAUUUGCGGUUUGAGUCUCGUGAGCGUGUUCGAUACAACUGUGACCAGCUAUUGCAGCUGAGGGAGGCUGCUGAUGUGCCUGAGGAUAUCUUGAAAAUCAAGCAAGAAAUUGAGGCUGAAUUUUUUGGUGAAGAGCAGAACUGGGGUCGUGGAGACGCAAAUCUGCAAGCUCAACCCCAAAAUCGAUAUUCUGAACCAGACAACCGUGAUUGGCGUGGACGAUCCUCACAGUUGCAUGCUACUGGUGAGGAGAAGUCUUGGGAUACUAUUCGGGAAACUAAGGAGUUAGCAAAUCAAUAUAACCGCCAAGAUCAACUAAACUCUCAAAUUGCAAGGGUUCAAAACUCUUCUAAUCAAGGGACAGGACCUGCUCCGGUUCUUGUCAAAGCUGAGGUGCCAUGGUCAGCCCGAAGAGGGAAUCUCACUGAUAAAGAACGUGUCUUAAAGACAGUGAAAGGUAUUUUGAACAAGCUGACACCAGAGAAAUUUGAUAUUCUCAAGGGCCAACUAAUUGACUCUGGGAUAACCACACCAGAUAUCUUAAAGGGUGUUAUAUCACUUAUUUUUGAUAAGGCUGUACUGGAGCCCACAUUUUGCCCUAUGUAUGCUCUACUCUGUUUUGAUCUCAGUGAAAAGCUGCCGCCAUUCCCCUCCGAAGAACCUGGUGGAAAAGAAAUCACAUUCAAGCGUAUACUCUUAAAUAAUUGCCAGGAGGCAUUUGAAGGUGCUGACAAUCUUAGGGCAGAAAUCAGGCAGAUGGUUGCCCCUGAACAAGAGUUGGAACGUAGGGAUAAAGAAAGAAUGGUGAAGCUGCGUACUCUUGGAAACAUCCGCCUCAUUGGUGAACUUCUGAAACAAAGGAUGGUGCCUGAGAAGAUUGUUCAUCACAUUGUUCAGGAGCUUUUGGGGCACGAUGGUAAAACAUGUCCUGCUGAGGAGAAUGUUGAGGCUAUAUGUCAGUUCUUCAAUACCAUUGGGAAGCAGUUGGACGAGAGCCUAAAAUCUAAGCGUAUCAAUGAUGUCUACUUCAUCCGAUUGAAGGAAGUGUCAACAAACCCUCAGUUGGCACAAAGGUUAAGGUUUAUGGUCCGUGAUGUUCUGGAUCGACGGGCAAAUAACUGGGUUCCUAGGCGUGAGGAGGUGAAAGCUAAGACCAUCACUGAAAUUCACUCAGAGGCAGAGAAGAAUCUUGGGUUGCGCCCUGGUGCAACUGCAAACAUGAGAAACAGUCGUGCUACUAGUGCUCUUGGGGGAGUCAACCCUGCAGGGUUCCCUGUUAACAGACCUGGCUCUGGUGGAAUGAUGCCGGGAAUGCCUGGUACCAGGAAGAUGCCUGGGAUGCCUGGGAUGGACAAUGACAAUUGGGAGGUUCCCCGUACUCGUUCGAUGCCAAGGGGUGACGGUCUAACUAUGCAGUCUGGUCGUGUCCAGUCCCCCUUGAUUGGGAAACCAGGUUCUUUUAACUCGAAGCUGCUGCCUCAGGGUAGUGGAGGCCUGAUAACUGGCAAGACAAGUGCGCUAUUGGGUAGUGGUGCCCCUCCUGGACGUCCUUCUAGUGUUGUGUCGGGCUUAGAUCCUGUUGCUCAGAGCCCCGUAACCACGAGGCCAGUUCCGGCACCAUCAGCAGUUCCAACUCCUGAGAAGGUGUUGGUUCCUCCAACAGUAGCAAAUCCUGCUGAGCUUCAGAGGAAAACAAUUGCUCUUUUGGAGGAAUACUUCCAUGUUCGCCUUUUGGAUGAAGCAUUACAGUGUGUGGAGGAGCUGAAAGCCCCAUCCUAUCACUCAGAGGUGGUCAAGGAGGCUAUAAAUCUUGCAUUGGAGAAAGGCCCAGUAUGUGUGGAGCUGGUCACAAAGCUCUUGGAUUACUUAUUCACCAAGAAGGUUCUGAUGCCCAGGGACAUAGGUACUGGGUGUCUUCUCUAUGGGUCAAUGUUGGAUGACAUUUGCAUUGAUUUACCGAAAGCACCUAGCAGUUUUGGUGAGGUUGUGGGGAAGCUUGUCUUGGCUGGUGGUUUGGACUUUAAUGUGGUGAAGGAGAUACUGAAGAAGGUUGAGGAGCCUCGGUUCCAGAAAGCUAUUUUUGAUGCUGUCAUGAGGACCGUCAGUUCUAGUCCUUCUGGGCAAGGAAUACUGGGUGUGCAGGGUACCGAUCAUCAAGCCUGUGAGGCCUUGUUCUCUUGAUUCUAUUGGAAUCCAUAGCCUGCAAUUCUCUUCCAGCCAUUGUAACCAUGGAACCAGUUAUUCUGAUCCUUUUUAAAAUUUAUUCUACGUUUUACCCAUUCACCCCCAUCUGAGGCGAUCAACUUGUGUUAAAAUAUGUGACAAGUCGGAGCUGCGAAGAACCCAUAAUUUUAUUGAGUUGUAUAUUUUUCGAGGUCAUAUGAGUGUUUAGUGAAAGCCGAUUUACACAAAAAUGCCAUGGAUUUAACAUCUAGUGUGGCUAAUUUUACCCAUCACUAGGUGGUCUUGAUGAACAAGAUCAUUACAUGAUCCGUUUAAUUUAUGGUGUAUCAGAUUUUUUUAUUA